AUGAGCAACGACAAAUUGGUGAAGCUGUCUUCCCUAAAUUUGGGUACCAGAGGGAUAGGGAAAAAAGAAAGGUCUUCCCCCAUGGGAGGAUCAGCACAUGUCUCUAACGUGUCCCACACGUCUAGCGGUGUAGAAAAACAAUCGAACAGUUUCCUGGGUUGGGGUUCAGCAAAAACGUCCACAGACGCUUCGUGUACCUCCAUAAAAAGUGAACAACUAAAUCCGUAUAAGCGCGUAAACUCGCUAAGUGAGUACGUGUACAAAUUUAAAAGGUUGGCACAUGAUGGGGGAACAGCACGGGGGGGUAGCAACAUAUUUAGGAAGUUUAACACGAACCGGCGGAAAACAGGUUCCUCGGAUUUGUGGGACCAUUCCAGUGGCCAGUCUGGGGAGCAUUCCGCCUGGCAUUUUUGCGGUGCCCAUUUGGAAGCCACGUCGCAGGUAGGAUCUCCGAUCACACCGCUGGCUACACCGCUAACCUCAUCGCAGACCUCACGCGCAGACUCAAAUUCCCAUGUAGAGUUCAAAUCGAUACGAAGCGGGACCAGUGCCAACAAGGAACCACAUAUUUUGCCUCAUCAAGAGGAGGGAUACUCUAGAUCUAACAACGAUUCUCCAUUUUCCGAUGAAGAAGACGCAACAAUUUCUUCCCACUCCCAUCUUCUACAGAACUACAAGAUGUUCAAAUCGCAUAUGAGCAUAGAUUCGUCUCCCUUGUGUUCUUAUUUGAAUACCAUUGGUCGGUUAGAAACGAGAGCGCACAACGUGGGGACAUCUAUCCUGAGCAGAGUUGGAGGAACAUUCCGGAGCACGGAUCUGCCCUUAGGAAAAACUGGUACAGACAUGACCACGCUUGGUAAAGUUGAGAGAACAAACCAAGUGUGUGAAAGCUUGCAAAAGGAGAAGGACGUUGAGGAGGGUGAAGUUGCGCACGGACCGCUACCAACAGCAUGUCGAAUGGACAAAGAGGAAGUAAAUAACUUGUUCAAGAUUGCCAUUGUGCACAAUAGAAUGAUAAGCAGACAUAAACAAAACACAAAAAAAAAAGUAAAAAAAAUAUUUUACAAAAAUAGGAAAAUGUGUAUAACUAUUCACCAAAUGAGUAAACAUAAAAGUAAACAAUUGUGGAGACAGUUAAGAUAUAGUGAAAAAAAAAUAUUGAUAAAAAAUUUACGACGAAAUAAAAAUUAUAUAUAUAAUAAAAAAAUCAGAAAAUGUCUUUUUAAGUUUUUCCUGGACAAUAUAAUUCCUUUCCACCUUACGAGAAACAGCAACUGGAUGGAAGCAAGAAGAGGGCCCUUCAACCGUCAUGUGGAUAUGCACAUUUUGCAGUUUGCGCUAAUUAGCGGUUUUUACAGGGGAGGUUACAGAACGGUUAGCAGACGCUUUAACGGAAGUGUUACAAAUGGGGAGCCAUUUUCCCCAUUUAAAAGUCCACACAAAAGUGAUACACCAAAAAAAAAGCAAGAGAAAAGCAACCAUCAUGCAAAAAAUGAGGUAGUACGGCAAAGAAUAACAAAACCUUCUUACCUCUUAGCCACCCCAGGUAGUAAUGUUACUGUAGGCAGUGGCAACAUUUUAUUCCCAGGUUGCUACAUCAGUUCACAGAAGGGGAACAUCUACAUCGGCGAUAACAAUUUAUUUGAGGACAACAUAACCAUUAUCAAUUGUGCAAAUGUCGAUAUGUACAUUGGCAAUUAUAAUAUAUUCCGAUCUGGGACAUGCAUAGCAAAUGUCCCCACCAUAGGGGAUCAUAAUUACUUUGAUUAUAAGUGCUCCAUAUCCAACAGCAGCAUUGGCUGUCGUUCAUAUAUUCGGGCAAACCUGUUUGGGGAAAAAAAAGGGGAUGACAGCGUUCACGCCUGCAGGUAUCGAAACAUUGUAACGGAUAUGUCCCUAGCAUUCGUCGACGAAAACGUGAACGAAAUAAAACUCAGAUAUGACCAUAUGAGUAGCUCGCCAUAA